AACAGAGAGAGAGCUGCGGGACGAGAGAGAAAGGUAGAAAACAGAAAUAUUUUAACAAAGAGAGAGAGACAGAGGGACAGGAAGACAGAAGAAGGUAGAGAGACACCAACACAGACAGACAGAGUGAGACUGUUCAACAUGAGAGCAGACGAUUAAUCUGUCGCUCUGCUAAUCUGUGACCAGCUGUCUGCCUGUCCACCUGCAGACAUGUCCUCCCGGGGUGAGAGUAAGACUGCCUCUUCUCAGUUUGUGUCUCUCACCAUGAGGCUGAAGGAUAAGCUCCACUCGCAGCGAAUCAGACGCACGGAGCGAAUCAAACACACCCCAUCACAGAGAAGCAAACCACCUGAUCUGAACCUGCAGGAACACACACUGCAGUGCAAGUCAGGGUGUGUGUUAGAGGACCAGCAGCGGGCCAUCGUCAGCUCUCUGCAGUACUUCAAAGCCGUGGUGGACAGACUGGGAGUGGACAGACCUGGUGUGAACAAACUGGUCCUGGACCAGUCUGUCGUUGGGGGUCUGCUGGGCGGAGCCUCCAGCGGCGUCCUGGAGGCGGUCCAGACUCUGGUCCAGCUGGAGCCACACCUGCACAACAGUAAAACCAUCUCAGCCUGUCUUACUCGUCUUUACCUGUCUCUGGCUCAGCUGAUUCGCUGGACUGAUCAAAUGAUGCUGCAGGGCGUCGCCCAUGACAACAAGGAAUCCACAGUCAGUGUUACCAUGGUAAUCAGGGCCGUACUGGACGGGGUCAAGGAUCUGGUUCGACUGGCUGCAGAGAGACAAGAAGGCUCCGUCCCAUUGUCUCCUGUCCAACCACAGCCUGUUGUGGGACAAACCUCAGGGUUUGACGACCAGCAGACAUCAGAAGGGACAUCAACCUGCAGGAGUCCUGCGGCUCCUGUGGAGGAGGAGGAUGGGAAGCAGGGGGUGAGGACGGAGGGGAGAGAGGACGAGCAGCAGGUUUCAGCCCCUCCGAAGCCGCUUCUGCCCCUGCCCCAGGUGCCCCGCCCCCAGGGACUCAGUCCUCCAGCUCUGCCUCCUAAAAAGCGCCAGUCAUUGCCAGGUCCCGCCUCCUGCAGGGUUGCCAUAGUAGCACCAAUGAGACGAGAGCCUGAAUCUGACACACAGGUACAACAGGAGUGUGAGGACGACGGCUGUUGGAAGCGAUGCUCUUCUUCCUCAGCAGACUCAGCUGCUGACAGCACACACUGUGAGGAGGAUCCAGACUACGACUUCCUCCAUACGGACCUGUCCUCCUCUGAGACUCUCCCUCCUCUUCCUCCCCCCUCCUCACCCCCCCCUGCCCUCCCAGAAAAGAGACGACGCAGCACUGCAGGAAUGACAAACUCUCAGGCCCCACCUUCUUUGGGGUUUGACUCCACCCCAUUGAAGCAGGACUCCGCCCAGUGUGAUGAUGUCAUUGAUCCUGAUGAGCCUCUGUCCUCCCCCCUGUCCCCCAGUAAGACCCCCCCUCCCCUGCCUGAGAAGAAACGACACAUCCAUCAGUACCUGCAGUUCUGCUCGUCCUACAGCGCUCAGUCUGCAGCCAUGUUCUACCAGACUCCUCCCACCUUCAGUCAGAGUCACAGCAACAGACAGCGAGAGGUGGAGACCACCGACCAGCUCGCACACACACACCUGGACACACACACAUUGCCUAACACAGACUCCGCCCCCUUACCUGAGCUGCUUCCUGCUCCGGCUCUACCACCCAAGAAGAAACAGCAGGAUUCAGCUGAAGACGACAAACACAACGAAGUGAACCAGAGCAGAGACAGUUUUCAGAGUUUCCAGCAGGAGGAGGAGCAUGACAGGGGGGGCAGGGAGGAGCAGGAGGAGGUGCUGCUGACUUACCAGCAGGAGAUCCUCCACAGAAUCACCAUGAAGCCCGAGGAGGAGGAGGGGCCAGACGUGAAAGCAGCCUCUCCUGAGAUCCUAUUGGUCUACGCCACAGAGACUGACAGCAGCACCGAACAGGACCUGUAUUCUGAAGCCUUCCUCUUCACCUACCGCACCUUCAUCAGUCCAAAUGAUGUCAUCAGCAAACUACAGUACAGGUACAGACACCUGUGUGAAGGACGUGAACCUGCAGACUUGAAAGCUGCCAAUAAGACUUUCCACCUGCUGGGCAGAGUGGUGGACGAGCUGUGUGUGAUGGAGCUGGACUCUGAUCUGCUGCUGCUGCUGAUGGACCUGGUCACCAGCCUCCUGACCAGUGGGAAGCUGGGACUGGCUCACCUGCUGCGCUCCAACAUCCUGUCCAAAAUGGAGCAGAGGUGGCAGCUGAUUGGUUCUCCACAGUCACUCCGCCCCCUCGCAGCCAGGGGUGUGGCAGCCAGACCGGGGACUCUGCUGGACUUCAGGAGUCAGGAUUUAGCUGAACAGCUGACUCUGCUGGACUCUGAACUCUUCUACAAGAUCGAGCUUCCAGAAGUGCUGCUGUGGUCUAAAGAGCAGAAUGAGGAGAAGAGUCCAAACCUGACAGAGUUCACACAACACUUCAACAACGUGUCCUUCUGGGUUCGUUCAGUCAUCAUCCUUCAGGACAAACCUCAGGACAGAGAGAAACUGCUGCUGAAGUUCCUGAAAGUCAUGAAGCACCUGAGGAAGCUGAACAACUUUAACUCGUACCUGUCCAUCCUGUCGGCGCUGGACUCCGCCCCCCUACGACGCCUGGAUUGGCAGAGAAGCACAGCUGAGGCUCUGGAGGAGUACAGCUCUUUGAUCGACAGCUCCUCAUCCUUCAGAGCGUACAGAGCCGCUCUGGCUGAAGUGGAACCUCCCUGUAUACCUUACCUCGGUUUGAUCCUACAGGACCUGACCUUUGUCCACCUGGGGAAUCCUGACACCUUGAUGACAUCACAGGGUUCACAGGUCAACUUCUCUAAACGCUGGCAGCAGUUUAACAUCCUGUACACCCUGAGGAGCUACCAACAAGCCCCUUACUCUCUGCAGCCCAAUGAUGACAUCAUAUUGUUCUUCAAUGACUUCAGUGAUCACCUGGCCGAGGAGGCACUGUGGGAGCUCUCGCUCAGGCUCCGCCCACGGAACACUCCAAGAACUAAUCAGAGAUGAAAACAGCUGGGUUAACGUGUGCGAACCUGGAUCAUCACAUGAUGCUGAGGUGGACAAACUAACCCGAACCAAACUGAUACCAAACUGAGCCUGAGCGCUGCUAGUCCGGACCGAACACAUCACUGACAGGAAGACUAACUGUGGCUGACGGUGUGCCAGCCUGGGCUGAGCUGGGAGUUUCCAGGUGUUCAUGUGGACUAACCUGCAGUCCUGGUGGCCUCUGCCUGUCUCUGAUACCAGAACUGUACUUUCACUCACAGCAAUUUUCCAAUAAACAUCAGUGUCCACCUGUCAGCUCCUCUGAUCUGAUUGGCUGAGGCAGAAACCUGAAACCACCUCAGCACAGUGAAAUGAUUUCUCCCAUUCCUGAGUCCAGUCGUGUGGACAAGGAGGAGAAAUAAUGAUCUGUGUGUGUGUGUGUGUGUGUGUGUGUGUGUGUGUGUGUGUGUGUGUGUGUGUGGGAGGGGGUGGGGUCCUCGUACUCAGAG